UCAAGUUUUCCUGUUCAUUUGACUUUCUCUCCACUUCUGUUUCCUCAACAACGUUGUGUACUUUGUUAUCCUGAUUUUUUUUCCUAUCUUAAUACGUUUUCCUUCGUACCUGAUCUCACCACCACUCGAAAGACAAAAGCUGAUGACAACCCUAAAAAAUUUGGCAACCCAUAUUCCAUUUUCACAGAUACGACACCAACAUACCAAUCAUCAGGUUCCCCUCCUUAUUCUCUACACUAUCAAGGCUUUUGGUUUUUGCAUUUCUAUGUAUCGACACAUUUUAGGUAUAAACUACUUACUUUCUAUUCUAAUUCCACUUAUCAGAAACAAAUCGUCAUAAAGGAACAUGUGGCUCGUAAUUCGUAACUCGUAAUUACUAC